AUGUCCCUGCGCACGAGCCACCUCAUCGCGGAGCUGCGCGCCGCCGGCGUCGUCUUCGUCAUCAUCACGGGCGCCCGCAGCUCCACAUACAUCGGACGACGCCCGCUGCUGCCGCAAGCCGACUUUGAGUUCUUCGAGAACGGCGGCCGCAAGCUUGCCGCAGGCGUCCUCGAUCCGGCCUGGACCGAUCGCUUCGUGGCGGAGGUCGGCCCCAUCCUGGAUAGGUCGUCCUUGUUGCCCGACUUGCCGCCCGUGGAGGUGAGGGACGGCACGCUGUGGCAGCUGUAUCGCCAAUUGGCCCACGACGGCUGGAACAUUGAUGCCAGGGAUUACAUGACCAAUAUCCGCGUUGAUGUCAAAAAGUCGGAGGGCAAGACUGCGUCCCAGUUUCAGGCUAUCGUUGAAAACGAAUGCCCAAAACGUGCCUUGGCGAGUUCCUUCAACUUGGGCAAGGGGGACAUCUACCCACAAGGGUCGGGAAAAGCCAACGCAGCUCGCCACAUCCUGCAGACGCUCGGUAUUGAUUCCAAGGAUGCCAUUGCUCUGUUCGACGAUGACAACGACCUCGAGCUUGGUGCCUUGGUCGGCCGCUCGUUCUUGCCGGGCGUCACGCAUCCUUCCGUGCUUGAGGCAUUGAAGCACCAACCGACAUGGACUCUCACAGAACAGAGAGGCGUGCUUGGAACCGAAUCUGCAUUGGAAACCAUUCUCGCGUUGCGCAAGGAGUCUCUACGCAGCGGUAAGACGGCCGUUUCGAGCAAGUAAUUCUCCCAGCCUGCCAUGUGCUGUCAUACACACGUGUACAUACAUGUCCGACGGCAGCCCUUUUGUCAUGUGCAAUAUGUCCCAAGAACGUCGCAACAGCCAUGUUGUAGAGGCACACACCGAGACUGGAAUCCGCAGGGGUAGCAAGUUGUGCCCCUUUGAGCAAACGUAUGUAGCGGAAUGGCCCUAGCUUCAUCUGUUAUUCUCACAUGUAAGAUAACAUCCAAAAAAGACCGCGAUAAUGACCACUAUAUGCUCUGUAUGUAGAGAUACAGGGAGUUUUGAAUACAGGGACAUUGCGCUCACAGCAAGAAACGCUGUCCCGACCACUAGGCACCAGCGUAAACGGACGCACCUCUCGAGCAA